UGUGAUUCAUGAUUGCUCCCUCCUUAACUGCAUUCUGCACAAAUCUUGGAGAUUAAGUCUAUUGUGAUUUGUUUGAAAUAGAUGAAUUCGGGAUAAAGGAUCGGCGUAACCAUCACUUUUCCAACGACCGAGCGACUUUGGUCAAGUGCACAGGGAAUUCAAUGAUUUAAUUCUUGCAGUGCAGCGUUAAGAAAGAUCAAAGAAGAUGGCAAUCCACCUCUCGCCGAUGAAGCUUCUUUCCGUUGCGAAAGGAUCCAACUAUGAGCUCUACGACUAUGGCCAGAGACAUGUCAACUGUACUGCCGAGCCUGGCUACGUACCUUGGAUUUGGAAUGGGUUCCAUGAAUGCGUGACGGAUGCUGUCGAGUACACAGGGUUCAUCCUAGGACUCCUACAGAUUAUUUGCUGGAUUAUUGUCAUGUUCCCGCAAUUCUAUGAGAACUACAAACGAGGUAAAAUGGACGAAGCGAUCGCCCCGGCUUUCCUCAUUCUCUGGAUGUUUGGUGAUUUAGCUAAUCUUGUAGGGUGUAUUCUGACUUCUCAACUUCCAACACAGUUUGCGACUGCCGUUUACUACUUGAUCAUGGACGCCCUCAUCAUUUCACAGUUCACAUAUUAUUAUGUCAAGAAUAAAAAGAAGAAGGUCCACGUUUUAGAUUCAUCGCAAGCUCGUCCAUCCAUCCAAAACGGGAAUCAAGAUCAUUCUCACAUUAUCUACUGCUGUACUUUCCUCCUCUCAACCUCACUGCUUAUCUCGUUACCAUGGCAACAAGGUCAAGGGUCAUCUUACAGGUCGAGCUCUGUGGGCAGGUCUCUCCUGUCGGUCACCAACGGCAACAGUACCGAUAUAUCAUGCUUAUUGUACUACAAGCAGACGCAAUAUUGUGUUUUCAUUGAUUCAAUAGAUAUUUUUGGGUACGUGUGUGGCUGUCUGUCGGGUGUAUUCUAUGUGGGAUCUAGGAUACCUCAACUGGUACAGAAUUAUCGAAGACAGUCGGUAGAGGGCGUAUCCAUCUUGAUGUUCAUCUUAACGGUGACCGGUAAUGUCUUCUAUGGUGCAUCGGUGCUCAUGGAGGAUACGUCGAUAGUCUUUCUCAUCAGGCAUUUACCCUGGCUUGUCGGCAGUCUUGGGACACUCUUAUUCGACUGUAUUAUGCUUACUCAGUUUGCUCGCUUCAGGUAUUGCCGAUCAGCUAGUCUCAGAGCAGCUGAUGAAGAGGAGGAUACACGAAAGCUUCUCAAUGGAGCAUUAUGAGGAAUGCCCUUAUUAUCUGCCUACUGCCUGUAUCCCAUGAGAGCUGAAAGGAUGCUACAAGCCUACAAAUAUUCAGUAACAUGACCUCUAGGCUUGUCUGCAUAGGAAAGUCUAAAGAAAUGAUGGCUGUUUGGUGGGUGCCAGCUAACUCAAGAAUUGCGACAACUCGG